CAUCAACACUCCUUAUCGCACAACACAUCGACCAGUCCAUCCGAUUCCACUUCCUCACCAGUGGGUAUCAGGUACACGAUUAUGGACACCUUCCGCAACUAAACGAGCUUCAGAAACAACAAGAUGAUGGAAAGCCUGGUAACGUCGCCGGGCCCGGGGAGUCCCAAGACAAACGGGACGGAUGCAUUUGCGGUUGAUUCGACUGUCCUUGUCAACCAUCUCACGAACGUGCUUGAGAUUACUUUGGGUGCUACACGAGAGGAGCUGGAGCGUCCUGGAAGUCUGCUGUCGCCAGAAUUCAAGGUCCAUACCAUUCAGAGAUGUACACGGUUUGCGUCAGAGAACCAGGUAGCACUUUAUGUCACAAAAGAUAUUGCAACGGCAGGGAGACUGGAUGGUGCAAUAGAUGACUCUAAUUCUGUAACAUACAACUAUACCCUCGCAACGGACAUUUCCUUCUCUCCUUCAACAACUGCUUCUAUUGCGCUUCUGAAACGACCUUUUCCAAUAGACCCUAUGAUACCCAUUACUUCGCAAAUACAAAUAAUUAAUUUACCUGGAGUGGCAACGCUGAACAACAAUACAAAUGGACAGGCCGGUGGCUCAGUCAGUCCUUUCGAAGUGCUGCACUCCGUUGUGCACUUAGCGCUGGCGCCUUACUUCGAUGCAUACACAAAGACACAGUCCGCAAGCAAUGGCGUUCGAGGCAGGUCAGACGUGGAGGCUAAGACCGGGAUACCAGUCACGAAGAAGAGAAUAGCUGAGUUGGAAUUAAGCUUGUUACACCUCCAGCAGAACAUCGAAAUCCCCGACCUGAUUUUGCCUUUACACCCUAUGAUACAGAAUGCUUUGGAGGAGGCAAUGGCUCGGAACCUGAAGCCCUCCGCUGAGCUUGUACCGUCAAACCUUCUCCAGGACAGUACGUUUCUCAAUAACUUGCAGUCCAAUGUCAACGGGUGGAUCAAGUCAAUUCAGACGAUUACGAAGAUGUCAAGAGAUGCUGCAAGCGGUACUGCAACGCAAGAAAUCAACUUCUGGUUAUCUAUGGAGUCAGCGUUGGAAGGUAUCGAACUUCAGCUUCGGAGUGAAGGUGUAGCUCUUACGAUGGAGAUACUUAGGACUGCCAAACGAUUCCAGGCCACAGUCAGUUUCACGGCUGAUACGGGACUGAAGGAGGCCAUGGAGAAGGUGCAAAAGUACAACCAGCUCAUGCGAGACUUUCCCCUGGACGAACUUCUCUCAGCCACUUCACUGCCCAAGGUCCAAGACGCAAUAUCUCUGAUCUUUGCACACCUCAACAAGAAAUUACGAAUUUGUCCGUAUCCUAUUCGGAGGGCACUGCCACUUGUAGAAGCUAUUUCAGCAGAUCUAGACACUCAGCUACAUUCCUUGUUACACGGACGUUCACUGAUGCAUCUGGACUACCGGGAAUUCAAAACCCUUAUGGCUACUGCUGACUCUAUUUGGAAAAGUUGGGAUGAGAAUGUGAAGGAGUUCACCAACGUUGCUCGAGAAGUCACUCGCCGAAGAAACGAAAAGUUCAUUCCUAUCAAGAUCCAACCGAAGCAUGCUGAUCUUCAAGCUCGACUGAAGUAUGUCAGUACUUUCCGUGACAACCACGAGCAGCUUCAGAGAACGAUCGUCAACGUUUUGGGUCCCAAGAGCGGAGAAGGCGAAGGAGCUACCAACGGCGUAGUUCUCGUGGAAGAGAUGGGCGAUGUAGAUGCUGUGGAAGAGGUUCAGCAGGCUUAUGCAGCAUUGAACAAUGUUGAUUUAUUGGAUGUCACCCCGGAGGGUACUCGGAUCUGGGUACAAGCAGAGAUCACCUACAACGAGCGAACGUCCCGGGUAGAGAAUUCCAUCAUCGCUCGAUUGCGGGACAGGUUGGCCACCGCCAAGACUGCAAAUGAGAUGUUCCGAGUAUUCUCGAAGUUCAAUGCGCUCUUCGUCCGACCUAAGAUCCGUGGGGCCAUUACCGAAUAUCAGACUCAGCUCAUUGACAAUGUCAAGCAUGAUAUCUCGGCCCUUCACGAACGCUUCAAGCAGCAAUACGGCCAUUCCGAAGCGCAUGCGAUGGCACAACUGCGAGAUCUGCCGCCUGUAUCUGGUGCAAUCAUUUGGGCAAGACAAAUUGAGAGACAACUUGAUGGAUACAUGAAGCGUGUUGAAGACGUCCUUGGAAAUGAUUGGGCGCUCCACUCGGAAGGUCAGAAGUUGCAGAGUGAAAGCAACCUUUUCCGUAAAAAGCUGGACACAAGGCCAAUUUUCGAAGCAUGGCUACACGAUGUUCAACGAAAAAACGUUUCCAUCGCCGGUCGUUUAUUCAAUAUCAACAAGAUUCGUGCAGCAAACAAUGCGCUCGAAUUGGCCGUCAAUUUCGAUCCUCAAGUCAUUGCCCUGUUCAAAGAGACACGAAAUCUUCUUUGGCUCAAUUAUGCUGUUCCUCAUGCGAUCAACAACGUUUCGAAGGAAGCCAAGCGUGUUUAUCCUUAUGCUGUCAGUCUGAUGGAAAGCACAAGAACAUUCGCCCAGACUAGCCGUCAGAUUGUCCAGAUGUCAGAUGUUGCUAUAUUAUUGAGCGGUUAUCUGAAAGAGGUCUACACCCUGAUAUCCAAAGGUGUUCCACUGAAGUGGGAGUCAUUUGUUCACUCUUUCGACUUACAUAUCAAGCCAGCGUACAACUCGCAUGGACCUGUUGAUCAUGCAAUCAACAACCGCAAUGAGAGUAAGCAUGUGCAAUUCGUGAGAGAAUUCGCUGCCUCCGUAUCUUUACUUCAGAACAAGACGGCAACUCUCGCUGCAAUCAAUAUCACCAUCCAAAAGGCACUAGCUGAGCUUGACUCUUGUCCCUACGACAGUGCAUCUUUCCAGCAACGUCUUGAUACAGUUCAGAUGGCUGUUGACCAGCUUAACCUGGAGAAUUACGUAAAUCUGUCGUACUGGGUUAGAGAGAUGAAUGCACGUAUCAAGACCACACUGUUGUACCGAUUGAAGCAAGCGAUUGGAAGCUGGAUCAAUGUUUUCGAGGACGAGCGGUCGGAAGGCGUCAACGAUGAUAGUCGACGCAAGCAUCUUAGUGUCACAACAAGCUCAGGUGACGAUCAAGCACCUUCCCUCAAACGACUCGUGCAUGAAAUAUCAAUGCGCAAUCAAGUCAUAUCACUGGAACCCCCCUUGACGUUCGCUAGAGCAAGCUGGUUCUCACAGCUUCACGACUGGUUGGGUGUGGUUUGCAAUCUCCGAAAGGUCAAGGCGUCGAGAUACGAGAUGACUUUGACCACCACCAGCGACCCAGAAAGCCUGUUCACCGACUUACCCGCCUCGUGCACAGACAGCUUGGCUCGUGUAUACAAUACCAUUGAGACUAAGAUCGAGGAGAUUAGCAAGUACGUUGAUAAAUGGUUGCAAUUCCAGUCUCUCUGGGAUCUUCAAUCUGAACAAGUUUAUGAACAACUUGGUGAGCAACUUUCCAACUGGCUUCAGUUGCUUCAAGAGAUCAGGAAGACACGAUCGACUUUCGAUACGACCGAAGUCAGCCGAUCUUUCGGUCACCUCACUAUCGACUACGACCAGGUACAGACAAAGGUCAAUGCCAAGUAUGAUCAGUGGCAGCAUGAAAUUCUCACCAAGUUUGCUGUCCGGCUCGGCAACCGUGUUCGUGAGGUCUAUUCCGAGGUUGAGAAGGCUAGGAAAGAUCUUGAGGUCCAAUCACUGGAGGCCACUUCUACAGCACAGGCCGUGCAAUUCAUCACUAUUGUUCAGACAUGCAAGCGGAAAGUCAAAACUUGGGCACCGGAAGUUGAGAUAUUCAGACAAGGUCAAACGACUCUGAUCCGACAGCGGUAUCAAUUUCCUGCAGAUUGGUUGGGCGUCGAGCAAGUCGAAUCUGAAUGGGCUGCACUCAACGAAAUACUGACUCGAAAGGCCAAGAUCGUGCAAGACCAGACUGAUGCUCUACGGGCGAAGAUCACAGCCGAAGAUAAAGUGGUUGGCGACAAAAUUGCCGAAAUCAUCGGUCAAUGGAACGAGGAAAAGCCUGUUUCGGGAACGAUUGCUCCAGAUGUAGCAUCGGCUACCUUGAUGUCCUUCGAGACUCGCAUCACAAGACUUCACGAAGAAUCCGAGAUGGUUUCGAGGGCGAAAGAAGCUCUGGAUCUUCCUGCAAGUCCCGAUACUGCACUUACUGCCAUUUUGGAAGAAGUUCAGGACUUCAAGUCUGUCUGGGCUGCCCUUUCAACGAUUUGGAAGAGCUUGAACGAACUGCGAGAAACACUCUGGAAUAGCGUCCAGCCACGGAAACUCCGAUCUGCUAUCGAUGGCUUGAUUAAGAUGACAAAAGAGAUGCCAAGUCGCAUGCGACAAUAUGCAGCCUUUGAACACAUUCAGAAUGUCCUCCGGCAAUUCCUCAAAGUCAAUCCUGUUUUGACUGAUCUCAAGUCGGAGGCUGUGAGAGACCGACAUUGGAACAAGAUCUUCAAAGCCCUUAAGCCUGGAAAGCGAUACUCACCCAUCUCAAUGACUCUUGGCGAUGUUUGGGACCUAAAUCUGACUGCCAGCGAAGUCAUCAUCCGGGACAUCAUUGCUCAAGCUCAAGGUGAAAUGGCUCUGGAAGAGUUCUUGAAGCAAGUCCGAGAGAUUUGGUCAAAUUACUCUCUUGAUCUAGUCAACUACCAGAAUAAAUGUCGACUCAUCCGGGGUUGGGAUGAUCUCUUCGCUAAGUGCAGUGAGAAUCUCAACUCAUUGCAGGCAAUGAGACACUCCCCCUACUACAAGGAAUUUGAAGAGGAAGCUUCGUCAUGGGAGGAUAAGCUAAACCGUGUCCACGUUCUGUUUGAUGUAUGGAUUGAUGUUCAGCGGCAAUGGGUGUACCUCGAAGGAGUGUUCACCGGCAAUGCAGACAUCAAACACUUACUGCCUAUUGAGUCGUCGAGGUUUCAGAAUAUCAACUCGGAAUUCUUUGCUGUAAUGAAGAAGGUCUAUAAGCAGCCUUUUGUCUUGGAUGUCCUCAAUAUUUCUGGCGUCCAAAAGUCACUGGAGCGCCUAGCUGAACUGCUGAACAAGAUUCAGAAGGCCCUGGGAGAGUACCUUGAACGGGAGCGUGUUUCUUUUCCCCGCUUCUACUUUGUGGGUGACGAAGAUCUUCUUGAGAUUAUUGGCAACAGCAAUGACACAUUGCGAAUCGCGAAGCACUUCAAGAAGAUGUUUGCAGGCCUGUCGGGACUGAUUAUGGACGAAGACCAUCUGAUAUCUGGGUUCACAUCGAAAGAAGGUGAGGAAGUUCGUCUAAAGAAGGAGAUUUCUCUUAUUAAGACGCCCAAAAUCAAUGAUUGGCUUGCUUUGCUUGAGAGCAGCAUGAAGGCUACUCUUGCUGAGCUCUUGGCCGAGGCCAUCGAACAGUACGAACCAAUUUUCACCUCGGAAGACGUCGACCAGGUAGCUCUCAAUGAUUACAUCUCUGCCUAUCCCAGUCAAAUUGUUGUCUUGGCAACUCAGGCGGUUUGGACGUUGACUGUCGAAAAGUCUCUCGAGGCUGGAGGUUCAAAUAUGCAAAGUCUCUAUGAACAAGAGGUCAAGGUCCUGCGUCUUCUGGCGUCUACUGUUCUUGGCGAUCUCGAUCCCAUCCAACGUAAGAGAUGUGAGCAUCUCAUCACAGAAUGCGUGCAUCAACGAGAUGUCAUUGAAAAGCUUAUUAAGCUCAACGCCACAACACCAAACCAUUACAUGUGGCUUCUCCAGAUGCGAUAUGUUUACAAGCCCGAGGGCGACUUCCUCCAGCGUCUACACAUCAAGAUGGCAAAUGCGAAGCUCAACUAUGGAUUUGAGUAUCUUGGAGUUGCGGAACGCCUCGUCCGAACACCGCUUACUGAUCGUUGUUUCUUGACUCUUACACAAGCGCUCUGCCAACGACUCGGCGGUUCUCCGUAUGGACCUGCAGGAACUGGUAAGACCGAAUCAGUGAAGGCUCUCGGAGUACAACUUGGCCGUUUCACCCUUGUCUUCUGUUGUGACGACACGUUUGAUUUCCAGGCCAUGGGUCGUAUCUUCCUCGGUAUCUGUCAAGUUGGAGCUUGGGGCUGUUUCGACGAGUUCAAUCGUCUUGAGGAGAGAAUUCUAUCAGCUGUAUCGCAGCAGGUACAAAACAUUCAGCUUGGCUUGAAGCAAGGCAUGGAAGACGAAAAGGCACAAAUUGAAUUGGUUGGGCGACAGCUUCGUGUCAACGCCAAUACUGGAAUUUUCAUUACUAUGAACCCAGGAUACGCCGGUCGCUCUAACCUCCCAGACAAUCUCAAAAAAUUGUUCCGAAGUGUCGCAAUGUCUAAGCCGGACAAAGAGCUCAUUGCCGAAGUCAUGCUCUACUCUCAAGGUUUCAAUCAAGCCAAGCAGUUGUCCAAGCAGACAGUACCAUUCUUCGACAGCUGUGCAGCCAAACUUUCGAAGCAAGCUCAUUACGAUUUCGGUCUUCGUGCUCUUAAGAGCGUCCUUGUCAGUUCAGGAGGUCUCAAGCGUGCUCGAUUAACGAAUUCGGGAGGUCACCUUGGACCCGAGGAAGAAGUCGAACCCCAGAUUAUCGUCCAAAGCAUCCGGGAGACUAUUGCCCCUAAGCUUAUCAAAAGCGACGUUGAGAUCAUGAGAUCUAUAGAAGCCGAAUCCUUCCCAGGUGUUGAAUAUGUACCAGCUAGUCUCGAGAAAUUGCAAGAGGCGAUUCACAGUAUCGCCAAGGAGAGACAUCUCGUCGUCAAUGAAACCUGGAUGACGAAGAUCUUGCAGCUCUACCAAAUUCAAGGUAUUCAUCAUGGUGUAAUGAUGGUAGGGAAUUCAGGAUCCGGAAAAUCAGUGGCAUGGAAGCUCCUACUUCAAGCCUUACAACAAGUCGAAGGCGUUGAAGGUGUUUGCCAUAUUAUCGAUUCGAAAGUUAUGUCUAAGGAAGCACUUUAUGGUAACCUCGACUCGACUACCCGUGAGUGGACGGAUGGGCUCUUUACGAGCAUUCUACGGAAGAUCGUAGACAACCUACGUGGCGAAGAGUCCAAGAGACAUUGGAUUGUUUUUGACGGCGAUGUCGAUCCCGAAUGGGUCGAGAACUUGAACAGUGUUCUCGAUGACAACAAAUUGUUGACGUUGCCUAAUGGCGAACGACUCAAUCUACCAUCCAACGUCCGAAUCAUGUUCGAGGUCGAAACACUGAAGUACGCAACCCUCGCAACUGUCAGUCGUUGUGGUAUGGUGUGGUUCAGUGAAGACACAGUGACCUCUAACAUGAUGAUCUCCAAUUAUUUGGAUACUCUUCGAACGGUUGCAUUUGAAGAUCUCGACGAAGACGCAGUUGCAACCGGCCAGUCAGCUGCUAAGGCUCUCGCCAUCCAAGCCCAAGUCGCGGAUCUGCUUCAAGCAUUCCUCACCACUGACAAUUUCAUUUCAAAUGCUCUGGAGCGGGCUGAAGGCUUCAAUCACAUCAUGGAAUUCACAGUUGCUCGAGUACUGAGUACGCUGUUCUCCUUGCUCAACAAGAGCGUCCGUGAUAUCAUUGAGUACAAUUCUCAGCACGUCGAUUUCCCUCUUGAUCCCGAACAAGUCGAGUCUUUUAUAGCAAAGAAACUUCUUCUCGCCCUAGUCUGGUCACUGACAGGCGACUGUCCUCUGGGAGACCGUAAGAGCUUUGGCGACUGUCUUGCAGGCUUAGCCACGUUCGGCAAUCCUAUUGUUGGAGACAACUCGUCACUAAUUGAUUUUGACGUUACCCUGCCAAAAGCUGAAUGGUCUUCGUGGCAGAACUCGGUUCCAAGCAUUGAAGUUAACACCCACUCAAUCACACAAACAGAUGUGGUCAUUCCAACCCUCGACACAGUACGACAUGAAGACGUGUUGUACUCAUGGCUUGCGGAGCAUAAGCCCCUGUUACUCUGUGGUCCUCCUGGAUCCGGAAAGACAAUGACCCUUUUCAGCGCGCUUCGCAAGCUGCCAAACAUGGAAGUAGUCGGCCUCAAUUUCUCGAGCGCUACAACUCCAGAUCUGCUCAUCAAGACCUUCGAACAAUACUGUGAAUAUAAGAAGACAUUGAACGGCGUCAUCUUGUCUCCUACCCAGAUUGGUAGAUGGCUUGUACUUUUCUGUGACGAAAUCAACUUGCCAGCACCUGACAAGUACGGCACACAAAGAGCUAUAUCUUUCUUGCGACAGCUCGUCGAGCAGAACGGAUUCUGGAGAACAUCGGACAAAACCUGGGUUACACUUGACCGCAUUCAAUUCGUCGGUGCUUGCAACCCUCCCACGGACGCAGGACGAACACCAAUGGGUGCUCGAUUCUUAAGACACGCCCCUCUUAUUAUGGUUGAUUACCCUGGAGAACUAUCCCUUCAGCAAAUCUACGGCACAUUUACAAGCGCCGUGCUCAAGAUCAUUCCGUCUUUGCGAGGAUAUGCAGAGUCGCUAACCAAGUCCAUGGUGAAGUUUUACCUUGAAUCACAGCAACGUUUCACUCCCAAGAUCCAACCUCAUUAUGUUUACAGUCCUCGUGAACUUACUCGAUGGGUGCGAGGUAUCUACGAAGCCAUUCGACCAUUGGAGACUCUUUCGGUGGAAGGACUUGUUCGUAUUUGGGCGCACGAAGCUCUGCGCUUGUUCCAGGAUCGUCUUGUCGCAGAAGAUGAACGCAAAUGGACCAACGAUGCUGUCAAUCGUAUCGCUCUCGAAUUCUUCCCAACUAUUGAGGAAGAUAAAGCCCUGGGUGGUCCUAUUCUGUUCUCAAAUUGGCUCUCGAAGAACUAUGUCCCUGUUGACCGAGAACAACUGCGAGACUUUGUCAAGGCUAGGCUCAAGACUUUCUGUGAAGAAGAAGUCGAUGUCCCGUUGAUCCUUUUCAACGAUGUACUUGAGCACGUCCUCCGUAUCGAUCGUGUCUUCCGACAACCACAAGGUCAUUUGAUCUUAAUUGGAGUCAGUGGCAGUGGCAAGACAACUCUUUCCAGAUUCGUCGCUUGGAUGAAUGGAUUGAAGGUGUUCCAGAUCAAGGUGCAUGGAAAAUACUCUGCAGAGGAUUUCGAUGACGAUUUGCGAGAUGUUCUGCGCCGCUCCGGAUGUAAAGGCGAGAAAAUUUGCUUCAUCAUGGACGAGUCAAACGUGCUCGACUCAGGCUUCCUUGAAAGAAUGAACACUCUGUUGGCAAAUGCAGAAGUGCCAGGUCUUUUCGAGGGCGACGAGCUCGCUUCUCUAAUGACAGCUUGCAAGGAAGGUGCUCAACGACAGGGCUUGCUGUUAGAUUCUCAGGAAGAGCUGUACAAGUGGUUCACACAACAGAUUGUGAAGAAUUUGCAUGUUGUGUUUACCAUGAAUCCGCCAGAGGACGGCCUCUCCUCAAAGGCAGCUACCAGUCCCGCGCUCUUCAAUCGUUGCGUACUGAACUGGUUUGGUGAUUGGUCUGAUCAAGCUCUUUUCCAGGUCGGCACAGAGCUCACACAAUCCGUCGAUCUCGAUCGGCCAAACUUCUCGGCGCCGGACAGCAUUCCUGUGGCUUACCGCGACCUGAAUCUCCCAGCAUCUCAUCGCGAGACUGUAGUCAAUUCUAUGGUCUACAUCCACUACUCACUUCAACGCUUCAACAUCAAACUUCUACAGCAGCAGAACCGAGUCACGUUCUUGACUCCUCGCCACUUCUUGGACUUCGUGGCCCAAUAUGUCAAGCUGUACAAUGAAAAGCGUGAAGAUCUGGAGGAGCAACAAAGACAUUUGAACGUCGGUCUUGAGAAGCUGCGAGAUACUGUGGACAAAGUGCGGGAUCUUCGUAUCAGUCUCGCCGAAAAGAAAGGUCAGCUGGAACGCAAGGACGCUGAAGCAAACGAGAAGCUCCAACGUAUGGUUGCAGAUCAAAGAGAGGCUGAACAGCGAAAGACGACAUCUCUUGAGAUUCAAGCCGCACUCGAGAAACAAGAAGCUGAAGUCGCCGAACGACGUGAAUUAGUCCUGAACGACCUAGCCAGAGCAGAACCUGCCGUUAUAGAAGCCCAAAAGAGUGUCAGCAACAUCAAGCGACAACAUUUGACCGAAGUCAGAUCCAUGGGAAAUCCUCCACAGGGUGUCAAGCUUGCUCUUGACUCUGUCUGUACCUUACUUGGACACAAAGUUGACAGCUGGAAAACUGUUCAAGCCAUCGUUCGAAAGGAUGAUUUCAUUGCCAGCAUCGUCAACUAUGAUAAUGAGAAGCAGAUGACUAGAAAUCUCCGCAUCAAGAUGCGCAACGAGUACCUCUCAAAUGAUGACUUCACCUACGAGAAAGUCAAUCGUGCCAGCAAAGCUUGUGGACCGCUAGUACAGUGGGUAGAAGCCCAGGUCAAUUACUCUGAGAUCCUUGACCGUGUUGGCCCCUUGAGAGAAGAAGUGGGGAUGUUAGAAGAGCAAGCUCUGCAGACAAAGGCUGAAGCUCAAGCUGUCGAGAACACCAUCAAUGCUCUAGAACAAAGUAUCGCGACUUAUAAGACCGAGUACGCUGCACUCAUUAGUGAGACUCAGGCGAUCAAGACUGAGAUGUCUCGAGUGCAAUUUAAGGUUGAUCGAAGUGUCCGUUUACUCGACAGUCUGUCCUCAGAGAGAACACGUUGGGAAGAGGGUAGCAAAUCCUUUGAGACUCAAAUUGGAACUCUUGUUGGAGACGUCCUUGUCGCUGCAGCAUUCCUAGCAUACAGUGGACUGUACGACCAGCAAUUCAGAAAGAACAUGAUGGAUGGUUGGUUACAUCAACUUCAACUUUCAGGCAUCAGCUUCAAGCAGCACAACCCGGUGACUGAAUACCUUUCUACCGCUGAUGAACGACUUGGAUGGCAAGAAAAUUCAUUGCCUGUGGAUGAUCUCUGCACAGAGAAUGCAAUUAUCCUGAAGCGCUUCAAUCGCUAUCCAUUGAUCAUCGAUCCAUCUGGUCGGGUGACAGAAUUCCUCCAGAAGCAGAGCAAAGACCGACGACUCACCGUAACAAGCUUCUUGGACGACUCGUUCACCAAGCAGCUGGAAAGCUCGCUUCGUUUCGGAAAUCCGAUUUUGAUUCAAGAUGCCGAAUAUCUUGACCCGGUUCUCAAUCAUGUACUCAACAAAGAGUAUCAAAAGACCGGUGGUCGUGUUCUCAUUCAGCUUGGAAAGCAAGAAAUCGAUUUCUCGCCGGCAUUCAAGAUCUAUCUUUCGACCAGAGAUCCGUCGGCUACUUUCGCACCAGAUAUUUGCAGUCGUACGACAUUCGUCAACUUCACAGUCACUCAAAGCAGUUUGCAAACACAAUCCUUGAAUGAUGUUCUCAAGUCAGAACGUCCAGAUGUCGAUGAACGCAGAUCCAACCUUAUUAAGCUGCAAGGUGAAUUCAAGGUCCAUCUCAGACAGUUGGAGAAGCGAUUACUACAAGCAUUGAACGAAUCUCGUGGCAACAUCCUCGAUGACGAUAACGUUAUCGAGACGCUCGAAACAUUGAAGAAGGAAGCAGCCGAGAUCUCAGUUAAGAUGAGCAACACUGAAGGCGUCAUGGCGGAAGUGGACGAGAUCACUCUCCAAUACAACAUUAUCGCCAGAUCUUGCAGCGCAGUCUUUGCUGUUCUUGAGCAAUUACAUUAUCUCAACCACUUCUACCAAUUCUCUCUUCAGUAUUUCCUCGACAUCUUCCAUUCGGUCUUACACAACAACAAACGACUGAGCACCGAGACAAAUCACAAUGUGCGACGUGAUAUCAUUAUCGAAGACCUCUUCGUCACUGCCUAUCAGCGAACCUCGUUGAGCCUGCUCCAAAAAGACAGAAUCACUUUAGCAAUGCUUCUCGCUCAAGCAGCUCCUUACAAGAUGGAUAAGAGCCUCAUCGAUAUCAUUCUCGACGAAACAAUUGAGGGCACUGAUGUUUCAACCGAGUCACACAAGAAGGAUGAGGUUAUAGCUAGAGCAUCCAGACUGCCUGUACUCAAAGGCAAGCUCGAUUCAAUAUCAGCGGAUGCCUGGGACCGCUUCUUGUUUGAAGAGAUAGGAGAAAAUCAUGUUCCGCAAGUUUGGGGUCCGGAGACAGAGAAGCGAGACCAGGAGAUCCUUUCCUUGCUGCUUGUCAAGCUUUUCCGACUUGAUCGAUUUGUCCCUGCCGCCGAACGUUUCGUCACCGCCGUCUUCGGAUCUGGUCUCCUUGAUACAACAGAAGAUCUAAAGCAAACUGUCGAUCAAGUUUCUGCAAGUAGCCCAAUUGCGCUCUGCUCUAGUCCUGGAUUCGAUGCAAGUUAUAAGGUCGACAACCUCGUCGAGCGAUCUCGUGCUAGCUGUACCAACAUUGCAAUGGGAUCAAAUGAAGGUUUGGCAAGCGCUGACAAAGCUAUCAGCAAUGCAGCCGCAAAUGGUUCCUGGGUACUAGUCAAGAACGUUCAUCUUGCGCCAACCUGGCUGCAGAGUCUUGAGAAGCGCAUGGAUUCUCUCAAGCCUCAUGCAAACUUCAGACUCUUCUUGUCGAUGGAAUCCAGUCCAAAGAUUCCUGUCAACCUACUGAGAGCUUCGCGUGUCUUGAUGUAUGAACAACCAGCGGGUGUCAGAGCAAACAUGAAGGAUUCGAUGGCAUCUUUGUCGACUCGCUCGACUAAGAACCCGGUUGAGAGAACUCGUCUGUACCUGCUUCUGUCGUUCUUGCAUGCUGUAGUCCAAGAACGACUGAGAUAUGCCCCUAGUCUUGGAUGGAAGGGCUUCUGGGAGUUCAAUGACAGUGAUUACGAGUGUUCUGCAUUCAUCAUCGACACGUGGGUCGAAACUGUCGCUAUGGGCCGCACCAAUGUCGCACCUGCCAAUCUUCCGUGGGACAUGAUCCGCACCUUGAUUGUCGAAACAUACGGUGGCAAGAUUGACGACGAAGGGGAUUUCAAGCGUCUCACUCAACUCGUGAACUCGUUCCUUACUCCUUCAGCGUACGACAUCGGUCACAAACUCGUUGAAGGUAUCGCCGGAAAUGGUGGCUCGGACAUCGAUGGAGGCUUGGUCGUACCCAGCGGCACAUCUCUCAAGGACUUCACGGACUGGAUCCAGAAGUUACCUGAGCGAGAACCGCCUACUUAUCUCGGGUUGCCGGCUAAUGCGGAGAAGUUGUUGUUGGUGGGCCAGGGUAUGAGCAUGAUUCAGAAUCUUGGCAAGAUUACGGAGUUGUUGGAUGAGGGAGAACAGUUGAUGGCUGAAGCUGCUUAGCUUAAGCUUGUAUAAGAAAGGAUGGUGUUGUAUGAGAAUAGCUUCAUUCAUGUGUCUAGAUUUUAGGGACUGGGCGUGGUGGGCAAAGCGUGUGCAUACACUUUUUAUUAUACCCGGUCUUGCUUUGCGGGCAUGGACUUCAUCAGAUUGCAUCUCUUUUGUAGAAUGUUAAACUUCUUGUAGCAUAGCUAUUUCUACAAAUCCUCAAAGAACAAAAUUUUCUUGACG